AAAAAACAUCUGUCGUAUUACAUUUACGAUGUUAAUGAAAAAGAAACGUGCCGCAGUACAGUUAGGAGCGCGUGUCUGGUACCGCAAAAAAUGCGGUGAAAAAUGUAAAUCGGAGAUUAGAUUUCACCCUCCGCAGCCUCAAGGAAAGAGAUUUUAUUGGCUGCAGAAAGUGCUGAGGGGAUGGGAGGGGAGAAAGGGCGACUGCUGAGAUGAGCCAUUAUAUCGCGAUCAGAUUCAUUGGUGACAUAGGUUCAUCUGUCCGGGCCAGUGUACCUGCAGCCAUGCCAGCUUCUCAUGGUUAAAAACAAUGGGUCGUCUAUCAUUUCUACACUAUCGUGAUCAGUCGUCCGAUUUGUUGCGAUUAUUAAUAUUUCUUCGUGAAUCUUUUUGUAUCUGGAAUACUUUGUUACUACCGGAGGAAACCAAACGACAGAUUAAUAUAUAAAUAUAUUUAGUUUACAUUCUGCUGUUGCACGUUUUUCACGUAAACAAUGAUAAUAAAACGAUUCUAAAAUAAAGCGAAGAAUUAUAAUGUAGAAUCAGAAUGAACUUGCAGCAAAUAGACAUGGUUUCAAACCUUCAGCACUUGGGAGUUCGGACAGCAAUCUUGAAGACAGCUGGACCGGUGUUUUUUGUGCUAGCCUUUAAAAUGCACUACUUUUGUGACCAGUUUAUGAAACUACUACGCAUUCUCGGUAUAUGAGCCUUAUCGAAUGCAUCUUGUGAAAACGGAGUGGGGAAAUUACGUGAAAUUGAAAUUGACGAAUAACUGCAGUGGGGGAACGUUGGGAAUUCAGGGGAGGCGAUACUAAGUCAAGCCUAAACGACAUGCUCAGCCUUAGAAUGCAGAGUUACUGGGCUGGUACCCUGAGGAAAUCUCAAGUGUCCGAUGACAGAGAGAAGGAACAACUUCAUGCGUUGGAGAAAUAACCACAAUCUACGUCUGCCUUUGGAUCUAGAUGCAUCGUCAAGCUGCAAAAUAUUAAUGCAAGGAUGCAGAAGAACUUUUCCCACUUGAUGCCAAUGGAGCUGCAUGCAUCACCAAACUCCUCCAACAGUUCUAACCCCACGCCAAUGGGCAAAUGGGAGGCGCCAACCUUCACACGGGCAGCCCUGUUCCGGGUGGGAGCCACAUCGGUGCUCUUCCUGUUUGCCGCCGCCAGUAACUUGGCCGUGCUGGUGAGCGUGGUUCGGGGCCGAGGCCGGAGACUGGCAGCUCACCUGCGGCCGCUCAUCAUGAGCCUGGCGGUGGCCGACUUGAUGAUGACCUUCAUCGUCAUGCCCCUGGAUAUGGUGUGGAACAUCACGGUGCAGUGGUACGCCGGCGAUGCCAUGUGCAAGCUGCUCUGCUUCCUCAAGCUCUUCGCCAUGCACUCGUCCGCCUUCAUCCUGGUGGUCAUCAGCCUGGACCGGCACCAUGCUAUCCUGCACCCGCUUGACUCUGUCGACGCUAAACGCAGGAACAAGAAAAUGCUGAUGCUGGCCUGGUCCCUCAGCCUGCUCCUGGCAUCCCCACAGCUCUUUAUCUUCAGGGCAAUCAAGGCUGAGGGUGUAGACUUCACUCAGUGCAUCACCCAUGGUAGCUUCCGGCAACGCUGGCAUGAGACCGUCUACAACAUGUUUCAUUUCGUCACGCUCUACGUCAUCCCCCUGCUGGUCAUGACCUGCUGCUACAUCCGAAUCCUGGUUGAGAUCAACAGACAGAUCCACAAGCGCAAAGAUAGAGAAUUGCACUUAAGAUGUAGUGGAACAGAUAUGAUCCCCAAAGCACGCAUGAAGACCCUGAAGAUGACCAUCAUCAUUGUUUUAUCUUUUGUGGUGUGCUGGACGCCCUAUUAUCUUCUGGGAAUUUGGUACUGGUUCCAGCCGCAGAUGCUGCAGGUGACGCCUGAGUAUGUCCACCACAUCCUCUUUGUGUUUGGCAACCUCAACACAUGCUGUGAUCCCGUCAUCUACGGAUUCUAUACCCCGUCUUUCCGUGCUGACCUUGCUGGCUACUGGUGCUGCCGAUCCCGCGACUCCUCUCCCAGGUCCUUGGACCGCCUUUCUGGCCGACCAAGACACCACAGUGUUGGGCCGGACUCUGAUGCCCUCAGUGGGGACCAGCAGAGAGGCACAGAAGGAUAGAGACCCAGAUAUUAUCUCAGCCUCCUUACUAAAACCAUGAUUUAGGCUUCCAUGUGGAGCCCUACAGUAUUCUCCAAACUCCACACUUGCAGUUUAGUAACCAAAAAAAAAAGAACCAAACUCUUUAUCAGGGGAGAUUCUAGGAUUUUUAAGGUGAGGAGCAUAAGAGGAAUCAUAAUUCAUACA